UGUAGAUAUUUGAAAUUUAUUACGCGGUGAGGAUUGAAUGAUUUGAGAACCAAGGAUGGUGCUACUGGACCACACCUAGGAGGAGAGCAUGACAUAAUUCUGUCAAACAGCUUCUCCCGGUCAGACAAGUUGGUAUAAACAUGCAGACUAAGACAAACGCAAAAGAAAGAAAGCGAGAAACUGCUGAGAGAAAGAAAAGUCUUGUGAUAAACUGAGGGAGUUUCUGUCUUCAGAAAGAAAAAACGUUUGAGGAUUUGACCGUAGAAAUUAUGAUCUUUGCUGUUUCCUCUUGAGGUCUUUCUCAUGUAUCAGGAUUCAUUUUAUAACACCACCAUCCAGAGAGUUGAAACCAUGUCUUUAGUAAGGUCUGCAGAACCAGCUACUGCAGCAUAUGGAAAUACCAAGCUCUAUUCACUACGGGGCAGUGACAGUUCUGGUUUGUCUGCUCAAAUAUUUGGCUCUGAUAAGCAUAGGCCCGUAUACAUUACUGAUUCUUACAGCAAUGAGAGCUAUGAGAAGUACUUCCUUGACUCUCCUACGGAAGAGCUUAUACAUCCAUCUAGUUCUGGCAUUUCAGGAAGUUCCAUUCGCCCAAAAGAUGUCUCUUCUUAUCAGCUACGAGAUUACUUGGAAAUCCAAAGCCCAGAAACAUUAGACUCUGAUACAGAUAAGAUGAAACUGAAGCUUCAAGAACUGGAGAGAGCUCUGCUUGCUGAUAACGAUGUUGAUGAAGAUGAUGACAUGUUUGGCACUGGUAUAAGCAUGGAAAUAGAUGGUGAAUGGUCUGAUCCUAUCAGGACAGAAUCGCUCCAUGACUCACCCAAGGAAUCAUCAUCCUCAGAUUCUAAUCUCAGUAGCACCAGCAGCAACAAAGAUGUAUCACAUGUUUCAUCUCGAUCUCCUAAGCAAAUGCUUAUUGAGUGUGCUGCUGUACUCUCAGAAGGCAACAUCAAAGAAGCUUCAGCCAUAAUAAAUGAUCUUCGCCAGAUGGUCUCAAUUCAAGGAGAUCCUCCUCAGAGAAUUGCGGCCUACAUGGUUGAAGGUCUUGCAGCUCGCAUGGCUGAAUCUGGAAAAUAUCUUUAUAAAGCUUUAAGAUGCAAAGAGCCCCCUUCUUCUGAUAGGCUUGCAGCCAUGCAAAUCCUCUUUGAGGUGUGCCCUUGUUUUAAAUUUGGAUUUAUGGCAGCAAAUGGUGCAAUUAUAGAGGCAUUUAAAGAUGAAAAGAGAGUACAUAUAAUAGAUUUUGACAUAAAUCAAGGUAGUCAAUAUAUUACACUGAUUCAAACAAUUGCUAAGCGGCCUGGUAAGCCACCUCACUUGAGGUUAACUGGUGUUGAUGACCCUGAGUCAGUACAACGCCUUAAUGGAGGUCUUGCAAUUGUUGGGCUAAGACUUGAGAAGCUAGCAGAAGCUCUUGGUGUGCCAUUUGAGUUUCAAGCGGUUGCCUCAAGGACAUCACUUGUUACUCCAUCUAUGCUGGAUUGCCGGCCAGGCGAAGCACUUAUAGUGAACUUUGCAUUUCAACUCCACCACAUGCCCGAUGAGAGUGUUUCAACCAUAAAUCAGCGAGACCAGCUUCUGCGGAUGGUUAAGAGCUUGAAUCCAAAACUUGUUACUGUUGUUGAGCAAGAUGUGAACACAAACACAUCACCUUUUUUCCCAAGGUUCGUGGAAGCCUAUAGUUACUACUCUGCUGUCUUUGAGUCUCUGGAUGCGACACUUCCAAGGGAGAGUCAGGACAGGAUGAAUGUUGAAAGGCAGUGCCUGGCGCGGGAUAUAGUGAACAUUGUUGCAUGUGAGGGAGAGGAAAGAAUAGAGCGAUACGAGGUUGCAGGAAAGUGGAGGGCAAGGAUGAUGAUGGCUGGCUUCAGUUCUUGUCCAAUGAGUCCAAAUGUGAUUGAUAUGAUUCGGAAGCUUAUCAGGGAGUAUUGUGACAGGUACAAGCUGAAAGAGGAUUUAGGUGUACUUCAUUUUGGUUGGGAAGACAAAAGCUUGAUUGUUGCUUCAGCAUGGAGGUAGAAUAAUGAGGUUAAUGUUACUUUUCCGGUAUCUGGCUUUAAUUCAGUUAUGUGUGGUCAUUGUAACUAUAGUUUUGUGUGGGAUCCAGAUGCACACUAAUGGAAAAAGACUUUUUGUGUUUGUUUAAGCUAAUGUAAAAUCUAAGGGAUGAGUAGGGGAUUGCUAAUUAUCUAACUUUUUUUUUAAUAUUAUCUGUUUGCUUUUGCUUUACAUAUUUGAGAUAUUUCUUUUCGAGCACAGCA